AUGUCAGACACGAAUAGUGAAAUGAGAGAGACCACCAACUCCGAGAUGUCUCCAACACAAACCAGCAUUCAUGAAUCAACAGACCUUGGGACACAAGUUUCAAUAGAAGAGAAUAGCUCGGAACGAAAUAACAGGCGUAAAAG